AUGUCGUCUACAUUCAGUGGAGCGCCGCAAGCACCGAUGCAAGUACAGCAGACGUCUAAUAACACUCGUGUCAAGUGGGCAGUUAUUUGUGCCAGUAAUAUGAAUCGAAGCAUGGAAGCUCAUUCUGUCUUGAAAAACGCUGGCCUGGUGGUACGAUCAUUCGGAACUGGAACAGCUGUGCGCCUACCCGGUCCUGCCAUAGACAAACCAAACGUCUAUCCAUUUGGAACCCCAUACGAAUCCAUAUACAGAGAUCUAGAGUCGAAGGACAAGACACUAUAUACACAAAACGGACUCCUAAACAUGCUAGAUCGGAAUAGAAGAGUCAAGACUGCACCAGAGAGAUUUCAAGAAAACAAUGACUUUUUUGAUGUUAUAAUAACGUGUGAAGAGAGGUGCUUUGAUGCUGUUGUUGAAGACAUUCUGGAUCGAGGAAACCGAACAAACCAACCUGUUCACGUAAUUAAUGUUGAAAUUCGAGAUAAUCAUGAAGAAGCUGCUAUAGGUGGGCAGCUGAUAUCGCAGAUUGCAUCUCAGAUUGAGCAAGCUCAAGACCUGAAUAGUGAAAUCGAGCAAAUACUGGAAAGGUUUCAAACAGAGACUGGAUCCAACAUCUUGUACACUGUCGCAUACUAUUGA